GGCGCGUUCUCACGUGAUUCAGCAUUUGAGCAAAAGCGGAGCAAAGGUCGGAGGAGCGUGGGCAGUGCGUGUCGCUUUUCUCCUUUCGCGUGUUUCUGCAGUCCCCGCUCGCAGAUUCGUCUGCCCGCCGAAGGAGGGUUGAUGGCGGCCGUCCGGGAAGGCUUGGGGAGGAGCAAGAAGUUGGUGGAUUUGUUCUACGACGUGGUGUCUCCCUACUCCUGGCUUGCGCUGGAGGUUCUAUGCCGGUACCAGUCCAUCUGGAACAUCGAGCUGCGUUUGCGGCCCACAUUCCUUGGUGGGAUCAUGAAGGAAACAGGUAACCAGCCCCCAGCAAUGGUUCCCAAAAAAGGCGAGUACAUGAAUAAGGACCUCCCUCGGUUGGCAAAGUUCUACCAAUUGCCGCUGCAAGCCCCAAAGAAUUUCUUCGAGACCGUUAUCAAAAAGGGCAGUCUGCCCGCUAUGCGCUUUGUUACUGCUGUGGACAUUGCGCAGCCACAGUUUGUGGAGUCUGUGUCUAGAGAACUUUGGAUGCGCAUUUGGUGUCGAGAUGAAGACAUUUUCCAAGCAGAGAGUAUUUUGGCAGCAGCAGAGCAAGCAGGUAUCCCCUUGGAUCAAGCCAAGAAGCUCCUGGAAAUGAGUGCCUCAACUGAGGUGAAGAAUCGCCUGAAAACGACCACUGAUGAAGCACUGAAAUAUGGGGCAUUUGGCCUGCCCCUCUUAUGUGUGCACGUGAAUGGCGAUGGCCUCAAGCUUUUCUUUGGUUCUGAUGGCUUGGAACUCCUGGCAAGCAUUUUGGAGU